CUAUAUGAAAAAUUACAAGAAAAAUGAUUAUACCAAAGGUGGGAAAAAAUUUUGUUGUACGCAACCAAGGAGGGUUGCUGCAAUGAAUGUUGCCGCUUGUGUAGCAGAAGAAAUGAGUGUAAAACUUGGAUAUGAGGUCGGAUACGCGAUUAGGUUCGAGGAUUGUACUUCAGAUAAAACUAUAAUUAAAUAUAUGACCGAUGGCACACGAAAGAAUUUUACCUUAUUCGGUUUAGUAAAGGAUAUUGCCCAUGUAAGACCUGAUCUCAAACUUUUAAUUUCAAGUGCCACUUUAGAUACUCAAAAGUUUGCAGAAUACUUUGAUGCACCAAUUUUCAAUAUCCCUGGCAAGCCUUAUUCUGUACAAAUAUGCUACACUAAAGCACCUGAAGCAAAUUAUAUAUCCGCUGCUAUCACUACGGUCAUUUUAGCUACCAAUAUAGCCGAGACUUCAAUUACUAUUGAUUGUGUCACAUUUGUUAUUGGUCCAGGUUUUGUUAAACAAAAUGUAUACAGUCCAAAAACCAGAAUGGAAUCAUUGUUAUUGUUCCAUGUUCAAGAGCUUCAGCAGUUCAGAGAUCUGGAAGAGCUGGACGUGUUGGACCAGGAUUUACGUUUUGGUGGUCAUAUCAAAAAGCAAAAUAUGGUGAACCAGUAUAUGUGUCAAGUAAUGGAAAUUAAACCUGAAUGGUUAACAGAAG